AUGGCUUUCACAACACCAGCAAUGGAGAAAGUUUUCAGCUACGAUAAUUUUCGCCUAGCCCCAAACUUCGAAGCACAAGCCCAAUCUGCUUUGCUCCGCCCCAAUCCCAAGCUUGAACAAUGCUUGGCCAACUCGGCAGCUAAAGGCCUUCCACCUAUCAGUGUCCUCCCCAUGUCUGGUCAACAUCUCUCCAUCCUCGCUCAGCUCAUGGGAGCCAAGUCAGUUCUCGAAAUCGGUACGCUGGGGGGCUACUCAUCCAUCUGUUUUGCGCAAGCAGGAGCCAAGGUGACCAGUAUCGAAAUCGACCCAAAGCAUCGGGACACGGCAUUGGAGAAUGCCAAUGGCCUCGAUGUAGAGAUUCUGCUUGGAUCGGCGCUGGAUGUAUUGCCGAAACUUGCGGAGGAAGGGAGGCAGUUUGACAUGGUAUUUAUCGACGCAGAAUUUGAAGAUCAAUGGGAGCACUUUGACUGGGCGGUCAAGUUGACGCGUCUAGGUGGAUGUAUCUUUCUAGACGAUGUGAUUCCAUCAAUGAUUAAGAAUGGACAAGAGGAAGGGGGCGAGACUAUCAUAACAAAGAUUGGCAGAGAUGAGCGAGUCCAGGCCACACUGAUGCCAACAGUGGCUUGCCAUUCCAUGAUACCUAACCCGGUGUUUACUGGCUUCAUCCUCGCCGUGGUCAAGAGCCGCUGA